AGAUCUGCCUCUCUCUCUCUCUCUCUCUCUCUCGUUUCUACAGCUGCGUCCUUCGAUCUCUCUUGAGUCUUGCCUGAGUCGCCGGUCUUGUCUCGUUUCGUCUCUCUCGAUCUCGCAGCUUGAUUCCAUCCCAAGUCUCGUUUGCUACGUGAGAUGGCAUCUGUCACUAACGCUUCAGGAAUGGAGUUCGAGGUGUUCUUGAGUUUUAGGGGACCGGAUACUCGGGACCAUUUUACCAGUUGCCUCUAUAGUCAAAUGGUGGAGAAAGGAAUCCGCGUCUUCAAAGACAACGAAGAGCUCCGAGUCGGUCAGAAGAUUGGUGGAAACCUUUUGCAAGCCCUUGACAACACUCAAAUCUAUAUCCCCAUCUUCUCUAAGGGUUUCGCUUCCAGUCCGUGGUGUCUCCGUGAGGUUGCUCAUAUGGUAGAUUGCACUUCAAAGUCGGAUGGGAAGAAGGAGAUCCUCCCUGUUUUCUUCGAUGUGGAGCCUGAUGAUGUCAAGCUCAAAACAGAAUUGUAUAGAAAUGCCCUGUCUAUGCAUAAGAAUAAGUAUGGCCCCGAUGAGGUGAAGCGCUGGGAAGUUGCUCUUGUUGAGGUUCCAACUAGAGUUGGUUGGAAGCUGGAAGGAAAAGGGUAUGGGGAACUUAUAAAAUUGAUUGUUCAAGAGCUUCUACAUAAGCUGAAGGGGAAGGAUAGACCUCUUCCUGACUAUCUAGUUGAAAUGGAUGAUUUAGUACAAAUAGAGAAACUGUUGGAUGCUAACUCUAAUGACCAUGUACGAUUCCUUAUAAUCCAUGGAAUAGGUGGUAUUGGUAAAUCAACUCUUGCAAGUAUUAUCUUCAACCGAUUCCGGUCUAAAUUCAAUUGUAGUAGUUACCUUGAUGAUGUUCCAUGUCAAGGUCUUUUAGAUGUGCAAAAGAAACUGCUAUCUGACACACUAGGCUCAACCUCUAUUAUCGGAAUCCUCGACACCAAUGAUGGGAUCGAUCGCAUAAGAAGAGGACUUAGCAACAAGAAAGUUCUGGUUGUUGUUGAUAAUGUGGACGAGAAGAGGCAACUCGAGAACCUUGCGGGGAGACAUGAUUGGUUUGGUUUUGGAAGUAGGAUCAUUAUUACAAUCGGGACAAAAGCACAAUACUUGAUAAGGACAACCAAAUGCCACCUAGCAAUUACUUGGCCUACCCAAUGA